AUGCGUAUCGAAUUCCAAGAUGUUAUGUUCGGAUAUCCUGGUCAGGAACCUGUGCUCAAUGGCAUCGGCUUCGUGGUAGAGGCUGGCGAAAUGGCAUGUAUCGUCGGCUUCAACGGCGCCGGCAAGUCCACCAUCAUUUCGCUUAUAGCUCGCGUCUUUGAUCCACAAUCAGGGUCGAUUCUCAUUGAUGGGAAAGACUUGCGUCUAUACGACCCAGUAUCUCUGCACGCACACAUGGCAUUUACAUUCCAAGACUUUCUGCGGUAUCCGCUGACGGGACGCGAAAAUGUGGCGAUUGGUCAAAUUGAUAUGCUCGAGGAUGACCGUCGAGUCAGAGCAGCAGCACACACAACUGGCGCUGAUCAAGUUUUGAAUGCAAAGGCAUCGAGUGACAGUGAUCGCACUCUUUGGGACAGCAAGUUGUCACAGCGCGAACCACACGACUUGAGUGGCGGUCAGUGGCAGAAGGUCGCGCUCAGCCGAUCCUUCAUGCGAGACAGCAAUUUACUCGUUCUGGAUGAACCAAGUGCAAAUCUGGAUCCGCAAGCAGAGUAUGACUUGUUUUACAAGUUGCAGCAGAGCCGCGCACAUCGCACUACCUUGUUCGUCACGCACAGAUUAGGAGUUGUGCGUUCGGCAGACAAGAUCAUCCUGGUGGAAGAAGGGAAAGUGCAAGAGAUGGGAUCGCAUGAUGUGUUGAUCGCGAAAGAGGGCGGUCGGUACAGGCACUUGUACGAGCUGCAGAGUGAGGGAUUCGGCAAGUUGCAGCAGGAAUCGCGCGGUCCAUCUGAAUGA